AUGCCGCCUCCUAAACCGACUAUCAGCGAUGAGCACUCCGCUCCAGACCUGGAGAUCGUCGGAAACAAGCUCACUAUUCACCCCUCUGGCUUUACGGGAGGACCUGGAGCUCAAGAUGACCAAAUCACCGAACGAAACCUUGUGCGUCACAUGGCCCGAUUCCGCGAAAACCCCUUCGAGUUCCUGCGUGAAGUCAGUCUGUACAUGUCUGGAACAGGCUGGCGCGCGUACGACAACCCUAUCGGCCAACCGGUGUUCUAUUCGGGCUUCUCCGAACGAAUGAAAUCGUCCAUCCUUUCGAGUAAUAUGCUGCAGGAGAAAGUUCGAGAACUGGCGUCUACUCGAUUGACCGUGGAGGAGAAAGAGGGCCUGGUCGCGAUUGUAGAUGGCACUACUCUGGAUGAAAAGCGAGCCCGUCGCCGGCAUGAUAUCGAAACCAGUCUUCGGGAGGUGGUGGAUAAAAUGAUGGACGAUAUGAUUUGUAAGAUGGAGAGCAAGACAUUUAUUCGCGGCGCAUACUACUUGUGUACGCAGCUCCUUACACGGGCCUACCACCAAGGAAUUCAUGUCUCCAGUGAGGAGGUCUUGCGCUUGAGAUCGGUUGCUGAGACAGCUGCUAGGAAGAAACAAUCCAUUGUUUUCUUGCCUUGUCAUAAGUCUCAUGUGGAUUAUGUCUCCUUGCAACUCAUUUGCUAUCGUCUUGGAAUCGGCCUCCCAGUUGUUGUCGCGGGCGACAACUUGAAUAUUCCCCUUCUAGGACCUUUCUUGCAGCACGCUGGUGCCAUGUGGAUCCGACGCAGCUUUGGAAAUGAUCCACUUUACCAUACUGUUGUGCAGGCGUACAUUGACACUCUCCUCACAGAGGGCUUUAACUUUGAAUGCUUCAUCGAAGGUGGUCGCUCUCGGACAGGAAAACUGCUUUCUCCGAAAUUCGGAAUUCUCAGCUUUAUUGUCGAUAGUGUGUUGUCUGGUCGGGUAGAAGACACAAUUAUCUGCCCGGUCAGUACGCAGUAUGACAAGGUUAUCGAGACUGAGUCAUAUAUCAGCGAACUUUUGGGACAACCCAAACAGAAGGAGAACUUAGCUGAUCUUCUUUCGUCAUCUUCUGUCCUGUCUCUCAAGUUGGGACGAGUGGAUGUUCGCUUCCACGAGCCUUGGAGUCUGCGUGAAUUCCUAGGGCAGCAGAUUACAAGGCUCAAUAUGGCGGACCUGGGCUCGAACCAUAAGUUAGCACACGACGAGCGAGGACGCAUUCUCAGGACACUGGGCUACCGCGUGUUGUCGGAAAUCAAUGAUGUCUCGGUGAUGAUGCCGACUGCCCUUGUCGGCACCGUAUUAUUGACCCUCCGUGGCCGUGGUGUCGGAAAAGGCGAGCUCGUUCGACGGCUAGACUGGCUCAGUGAGCGUGUUCGGGCCAAGGGUGGUCGAGUCGCUCAUUUCUACCGCUCACCGACUGAAAUGGUGGUCGAUCGAGCUCUUGAUGUCUUAGGUCCAAAACUGGUUGGCGAGACUCCAGGCUUGGCGGAGCCAACCUAUUAUGCCGUGGAUCGCUUUCAACUGUCAUUUUAUCGCAAUAUGCUCAUCCAUCUUUUUAUCACCGAGGCCCUGGUCUCCGUUGCCAUGUACACAAAGAUCAAGCAGGGUGGCGGGCCCACCAACCAACGGAUCGGCUACGAGGCUUUGAGGACUCAGGUCUCCUUCCUCUCCCAGCUAUUCCGCGGCGAAUUCAUCUUCCCGCCCGAGGGACUAGCAACUAACCUAGAAAAUACUUUGAAGUGCUUGGAGGCCGAUGAUGUCAUCCAAAUUACUCGCGAUAGCUCUGGAACCCCACAAUUCGUUGAGUUGAGUGAAGCUGAACGUUUGUGUGGUCGUGAGAAUUAUGAUUUCUAUUGCUUCCUGAUUUGGCCCUUCAUCGAGGCAUCAUGGCUUGGUGCUGUUUCUCUACUUGGCCUCACACCACCACUUGAUGGGCCCAGGGAGAUUUGGAUCAAUGUGAAGAAGGUUCAGGAUAGCGCACAACUUCUUGGCAAAACAUUGUACCACCAAGGCGACCUCUCUUACUUCGAAGCCGUGAACAAGGAGACACUCAAAAAUUCCUACCAGCGCUUUGAGGAAGAAGGUAUUAUCCUGGUUGCCAAGGUUAAGGAUUCAAAAGCUGGUCCAACCCUUCGACUUGCACCAGAGUGGACACCAGAGAGAGAUCCUCACACCGGUCAGGUUCUGUCUCGUGGCAAGUUAUGGGACUUUACUGAACUUAUUGCGCAGUCCCGUCGUGAAGGCAAAAAUCGCCGUGAUGGUGCCACUGUCUCCUCGCGGGUCCUGAAAAUGUCUGAUGUUGUUGGGCGACAACUCUUCCUGAACGCAUCCGCACCAGCACCCACCGAUAUUUCUUCGAAACAAAUGCGCCGAAAGGCUAUUGGGACGGACUCCAAGCUCUAG